AUGGGUGGCCUGCACUGGCGGAAGAAGGGCGGCGGAAAAGACGCGGGCGGGUCGAGCGCGCGCAAGCAGGUGGUGCUGACGGCGGCGCAACUGACGGAGCUGGAGAGUUACAUUCAAGACAUGGAGGCCAAAUGCGCGCAGUUUCAGCAACAGGCGGAGCUGGAGGGGAACCUUUCAGACAUGGAGGCGAAACGCGCGUGGUUCCAGGCGGUGGUGGCGCACAAGGCAGCAGCGGAGGCGGCAAUGAGGGGGCAGCUGGAGGGGCUGGCAGCAGAGCAACAUGGUGGUGGCAACAAGGCAGCGGCGGAGGCGACGGUGGUGGGCCAGAAGGCAGCAGCAGAAGCAGCCAUGAGGGGGCAGCUGGAGGGGCUGGCAGCGGGGGUGGAGGGGGAGCGGGCCGCUCGGGAAUCGGCGCUGGAUGCUCUGAUGACGGACUUUGAAAGCAGAGUGUGCGUCUGCCCGUCUCCCUCCACCCUCAUCUGUCCGCCCGCCCUUCGCCACCAUCACCCCCCUCUGCUACAGGCCCCAAUGAACCCUCUUAUUCUCUCCCCCAUCCACACUCCGUCUGCCCGUCUCCCUCCACCCUCAUCUGCCCGCUCGACCCUCCCCACCAUCACCUCCUCUGCUACAGCUGCCCCCACCGAACCAGACUCCAUCUCACAGCCCUCCACACUCGCUCCUCCUCCCCACACUCCCACCCUCCCUCCCUCCUCCUUCACCUCCUCGCUCCGCUCGUCCCUCCCCUCUUCGCUCUCCACCUCGCUCACCACCUUCGUGAGCAGCAGCAGUGAGAUAGAGGCACUGGCACAACGAGCUAGAGCCGCUGCUCUGGCUGCUGCUGCCGCCGCUGCUGGCAGGGGUGGUGGUGGUGCGGCUGCUGCUGCUCCUGGUGCUGCAGAUUUCGCUGCUCUGCCUGGUGUCAGUGCUGGUGGUGGGGAUUUUCCUGGAGUGGCAGAGGCAGGAGGCAUGAUGGCUUACCCUGGAGGAGGGCCACACACUUCCCUCAUCCCCACCAGCAGCACGGGGCAAGCAGUGCGGUGA